AUGGAUGAAGUUGUGAAUGCAGAUCAGACAUUUAAUCCGGCAGUUAUGCCUAUGGACGGGAAAGUAGCGACGAACGAUAGCAGUAACAAGGUGAAUAACAAUUUGAAUUCGGUGACACCCCCCACUAUGUUAGGUUCCAUGGGUAGCACUAUGGUAAGCGGGUUUAUUGGCAAUAUGAACGGUUCAAUUGGAAACCCGAUGGACAGCCUCGUUGUAGGCCCCAUGAAUCACAAUAUCAUGAACGCAAUGAGUAGUGGAAGGACGAACACCUUGAACAACAUGAGUAAUGUUGUUGGAAGAGGAAAUAGGAACAAGAGUGGUAGCAACAAUAACGGGACAAAGAUGGGACCGAUGAAGAGCUCACCAAGUAAUGAUCCCAAUAUUUUAGCCAACAAUUUGGUGAACACUGUGGUGAAUACCGUGGUGGAUACCAUGUCGAAUAGUAACCACAGUGUUGGGAAUCUGGGGAUUAGUGCUAUGAGCAAUGUUAGCAAUAACACAACAAAAGGCUCCACCCAGCCUGUAACGGGCCAAGUAAUUAAGAAGAAAGUAGGAAGACCCAAAGGAACCACUUCUGCAAACAAAGUAAUAAAAAAAGAAGAAAAGGUUUCGACGUCUUCGUCCGGCUACCCAGGGGUUAGUUGGAACAAGAGGAUGUGUGCGUGGUUAGCUUUUUUCUAUGAUGGAGCAUCCAGAAGAAGUAGAACUUUUCACCCCAAACACUUUAACAUGGACAAGGAGAAGGCGCGUCUAUCAGCAGUAGAAUUUAUGAAAUCGCUAGAAAAUAAUGGUAGAAAAAAAUCAACAAAAAAUAAAACAGGUAGAAGUAAAGCGAAGCAAUUAAAUGAAGAGAUGAUUCGAGGGAUGAUGAGUAACGACAUGGCAAGCACCUUAAAUAACAGAGCUCCUAAUGGUACUCCAAUCCCUAUACACUUAAUGCCCUUGAAUAGAGGAUUCUAUAUGCAGAACAUGAAUAGAAAUUUCAACCUGCCGGGAAUGCCUCCAAGUGAAAGAAGUAGUAUGAACAACACAUACAACUCGUUAGGUAAUACAUCAAAUCUAGGAGGCAUGGCCCAGAGGAUGCAAGAUGCAGGUGGAAUUUAUAUCCAUAAUGGAGGAGCUCCCGCCCAUACCAUGUUUGGAGGGAACAUGCACAUGUUGGGAAGUGUCAAAAGUAAUGCAAAUGUAAAUGGUACUGGUUGUACAAGUAGUAACAAUAACGGUUGUAGCAGCGGUGGAAAUAACGGUGUCGGUAAUGGUAGUGGUAAUAAUAUGCUCUACCUGAACGAGUUGAUGUUUCAUUCGAAUCUUAUACAAGGAGGAGUGGCAGGUGGUGCAGGAAACGGCAAUGGAGGAAAUCCUUCUGCGGGAGGAAAUGUAAACUUCGUCGAUAGAAAUAUGAGCAGUAACAAUGCCGCCAGUGAUCUUUUAAAAAUGGAAGAAAAUUUAGGAUUACAUAAUAAAGAUAUGCAAACUUUAAUGAAUACACUGUUUAGACAAAACUAUAAUAUGAACAUGAGUAUGGCUAACAUCGAUAAGCAUCAAUACCUGCAUACUAGUGGGAAGAACAAUGGCACUGGACAGAGUGGUAUGAAGACAUCUUCGAACACUACCAAUGGGAUCAAUAAUAAUAAUAAUGGCGUGAAUCCUAUCGGGGGUACUAACUUACCCAACAGUAACAGCGCGGCGAAUUCGAUGAACAGCAAUUCCUCUCAGGGACCCCAUUUAUAUUUGUCUAAUCAUGGUCCAGGUGAUGUAUUUGAAAAUGGCAACGACUCAAAUAAUGGGGUGAGCAUGCCAAACAUAACGAUGAACAACAUGGUGAAUCUAAAUAACAUUGGAAAUUUGCCGAACUAUUAUGAUUACAAUUUUGAUCCAUAUGGAGGAAAUAUUUCUCCUCAUUUGAUUGAUAUGGUGCAUCGGUUAAACAACGACAUGAAGGAUGAUGGAAAGAGUGGGGGUGUAGCUGCUGCAGAUGGAACAGAUGGCCGAAGUGACGAUGUGAAUGAAUUAAUUUUCUCUACCACGGAUAACGCCACGUGGAUUAACCAACUGAAACAUUCACAAAAUAAUCUAUGCAACAAUUUAAAUAACAACCCUUGUGAUUUAUGUGAUACUAGCAGUGCCUCCCCUGAACCUAAUAUGGCUAAGAAGAUGGACUUGGGUAAUCGGAAGAAAACAAUCAAUAGUAUGGUCAGCAUGUCUAACAGGAAGAGCGAGAUGGUGGAUGCAGGUGCCACUUCGUCUGCGCACCAUGUUAACGGUGAUGGUAAUGGCGGCGAUAAUGCAGGCGGAAAUGUUGGUGGGAGUAGCAGUGGAAAUAAUGGAAGUGCUAACUUCGACGUGAAUAGUAAUUUGCCUUGCGAGUGUGCACCACAUCUGAGGAAUCAGAAGAAGCACUUUUGCAUGUAUUACCCAGCAUCCAAUUCGAACGGAACAAACGACGACAAUUACAGUUUUAUGCCACCAUGGAAUGGGAAUAAUAACCCCAAUUCGAGCAACAACCGAAUGAACAACUUGGAUAGUAAUAAUGAGAAAUCCAUUGAUAGUAGUAGCCACCUUGGAGGUACCGGUUCUUCGAAUACUAAUUCCAUAAACAUGGGAACCCCCAACAGUGUCGUCCUUUGCAUAUCAACAAAUAAUAACCAGAUUAAUUCUCUUGCACAAAAUGCAACACAUCUGGCAGGUAACAUCGAAAUGAACCCCAAACAAGGUUCCCACUCUUCGUCUGCCUUUUCUGGCACACCUAAUUUACAAGAUAUUCAAAAACAGCUGCAUUUUCAAGCCCAGUCAGGUAUCGGUACAUCUGCUCCAGAUUUGCAUAAUGCACUACAAAUGACCAAGCAGACAAAUAACUUUGCACAAAAGGUUCUUACCAAUAAUAACAGUAAUGGUGGCACGAACAACAACGUUAGUGGUGCUAGCAAUAUUGGAGGUUCAAAUUCCAUUAGUCCUACUGCUAAUGGAACAAGCGCGCAUAAGAAAAGGGGACCAAAGGAUAACCGGAAGAACUUAUUACCAGCCACAGCGACAGUGGCACCAUCGACAGAGGUAUCAGUAGUAGGACCAACAGGGGGAGUAACAGCGGCGGCGGCACCUUCACAUGCUAUGAACACACAGUCGGCGCAGAACGGAAAAAAUAAUGGCUUGAACCUGAAUUUCGUCGACCACAACAAUAUAUGUAACAAGCUGAAUAGCUUCAUCAAUUUCGAGUGGCUCAGUUCCGAUACGAAGACACAUCCGAAUAGAAAUAAUCAGGGCACCUUUGAGAAUGAGGAUACGUGA